AAGAAUUAUUGUCAUUCAAUAACUUUCCUUCUGAAACACCAGAAGAUUUUUAUCAGCUAUUAAAGUGGAUGGCAGAAAAAGGAUUCAAGUCGACAAAGAAAUUACGACCUAAAUAUUUUUUUGGAUUUGGUAGAGGAUUAAUGACAGAAGAACCAAUACAGUCUGGAGAUGUGAUUUUGUCAAUUCCUGAAAAUUUACUCAUUUCACCCCAUCUUGUUUUGAAAUCUUAUCUUGGCACAUUUUUUGAAAGGCAUUGCCCAAAUGCUUCCGGGCAAGAAAUCUUGAGCACUUUCCUAAUGUGCGAAAAAAUCAAAGCAGAAACAUCAGAAUGGUAUCCCUACAUAAAAUCACUGCCGAAAUCAUACAGCUUGCCUUCAUAUUUUUGUGAUCAUGCUUGGUCUCUUCUGCCUGAGUCCAUCUUUGUUGAAGCCCAAAAACAUUCUGAAACUCUGAAAAGAUCUUUCGAAACACUGACCGACUUGUUUAGGCAUUUAGAAAUUGCUCAUCCAAUUUUUCGAAGCGGUCUGGAUUUUGAGCUGUAUAAAUGGGCCUAUUGCAGUGUCAACACUCGUUGUGUGUAUUUGAAAUGUGCUGGGAAAAGUUGCCUUGGAGAGUCAUGCACCUAUCAUCUUUCACUAGCGCCAUUUUUAGAUCUCUUGAAUCAUCAUGUUGAAGCACAGAUCAUUGCAGGUUUCAAUGAGGAGAAAAAGAAGUUUGAAAUAACAUGCUUCAGGGACAUCAAGAAGUACUCUCAAGUAUUCAUUAAUUAUGGAUGUCACAGCAAUAGGAAACUUUUCCUGGAGUAUGGUUUUGUCAUUCCCAGAAAUUCCAAUGAUUGUAUACCAUUUACAAUAGAUGAAGUAAUUUUGUCAAUUCACUCCUGCAAAAUUUCUCAUCUUGCCAGAAAAUUGAGCUUCAUUCAGAAAAAACAUCUGACAAGGGCUCUUUCUUGUUCAUGCGAUGGAAUUAGCUGGAACCUAGCAAUUGUUUUGCAAAUUUUAUGCUCUGAUCAUGAUGUCAGAUGGUGGGAAAGCAACUUUCAUAAUGCACUCGAAGCAAGGCAGGAUGAAAAUACGUAUGAAACAUUAAAGAGGAAUCUCCUAUUGUUGAAACUUCAAGAAUAUAACUUAAAAUCAAGUAAAAGUAUGGAACAUGGAUGUUCUGAACAUCACUUAUUAAUUAAUGAUUUAUUACAGAUAGAAAAAUCAAUUCUAACUAAAGCUUUGCAAUAAAUUAUAAGUUUAUAUUUUUAA